AUGGACCAAAACGAGGAAGCUGGGCUCGAAGAGCGUCUGAAGUCCGCGCUCUGGCUGGCAAUCGGCAGAAUUGUGGACGAAGAGACCAUCAAACUCGGUAUCAACGCCACGCCUCAGUUCAUCGGAGCGUUGACGGAAUUGGUCUGGGCUCAGAUAGAGACGACUAGCCAGGAUCUAGAAUCCUUCUCGAAGCAUGCCGGCCGCUCGACGGUCAAUGUCAGCGAUGUCAUGCUCCUGGCCCGCCGGAACGAGGGCUUGGAAUCCAUCCUACGCGCAUUCGUCGAGCAGAUGCAUGAUGAAGAAGCCUGA